AUGUCUGGAGCACCACAUCUGCACGACGAGCUGGCGAAUAAUCCAGAGAGAGUUACUGUCGAGACAGCAUUUGGGCCUGUAAUAGGAGGCCGGGCACAGAAUGGUUCCGCCAUUUUUUUGGAAAUCCCCUACGCGUUGCCUCCAGGGAGAUUUGAAGACCCUGUCGCACUCCCUUCAAAUUAUCGUUACGACAAAGACAGAGAAUAUAUAAGGGAGACUACAUAUGGUGUCCAACCACUAAACGACGGCCAAGCGGCAGAUAUGCCUUUUAAAGACAAAGUUGGAUAUGGAGAGCCUUCAGAAAAUCCACUCUUCUUGAACAUCGCCAUACCUCCUACUUUCCCAGAAGUCAGGAGAUUUCCGGUGAGGGUAUACAUACAUGGAGGUUUCCUGCAAUUUGGAUCACCUCACACACUCGGAUCUCAAGCUCAAUACAUCGCAGCAGAGCGUUCGGAGAUCUGGGUGAAUGUGGGAUACAGGCUUUCGGCGUUUGGCUUUAUAGCCUGUGACAAGCCAAAGCUCACCGGAAAUUAUGGCUUUAAAGAUCAAUGGGUGGCGCUAGAAUGGAUCAAAGCAAACAUCGAGGCUUUCGGAGGUAAUCCAAAUGAUAUUCAAAUAACCGGGCUAUCUGCAGGCGCACAUUCUGUGCAUCAGCUAUUGCACCAUGCGUCCUUGCUUCCGGAGGGAAAAAAAGCACCAUUUAAUUCGGCUGUUCUUCAGUCAAAUGCAAUGCUAACCGAUCCAAAGACACCCGAGGAGCUACGUCCGCAAUUCAUUGCCCUAUGUGAAGCUCUUGGUUUAGAUCCAGAAGCCCCCGACGUUCUAAACACCUUGAAGGACCCAAGCAAAAUUUCAUGGCAAUCAAUCACGAAGGUAAUUGAAACCGAUGCUAUAGGACACUUUGGUACAUUUCGAGGAUGUCUGUCGGAGGAUUGGAUAUCAGUCAAUCCAGGACCUAUGGAAUGGCAAAGGUGUGGGGGGCUCUCCCGGGGCCUCCGGACUCGGGGGGUGAGCAGCAUCGUCGUCGGAGAUCUCAUCGAAGAAUGGUAUCUCUACUCCAUCGCUCAUCCAAUCAAGCAUCCUGAAGAUAUAUUGCCCAACUUGGAACGGUAUAUGCCAACCGAUCUUGCACAGAAAUUGCUUGAAGUAUUCCCCAAGCUUCCACCGGAUGCCGGAGCAAAGGAUAGCGCGAAAUUAUAUGGAGAUAUAUUGAGUUGUACUCAGGUGCACCUUCCUGCGCGUUUGCUUGCUAAAGAUUUGGAAGCACAAGGGUAUCCGAUUAUGAGGUAUGAGAUUCGUUGGACACCGGAGAAGUAUCGACCAUUAGGGUACGUGACACAUGGAUGCGAUCGGCUUCUGUGGGCCUUGCGAAUCCCAAGUUUAGAGCCAGUAGAAGUCGAUGUCGCCAAGGAAUGGAUAGAAAAUGUUUCAAAGGAAGUGGAGGGGAUGAACGCAGGAGAAUCUUGCCACAAUAGCCGCCUCAUGCUGACACUGAAGGAAGACAAAAGUAUAGGUUGGACGACUGACGAGAAAUGGGAGGAUUUAAUGAAAUUGGAGCCAAUCUUGGAGUCGAGAAAGGGGAAAUUUGGGGUUGCGCCCUAUAAUCUGUAG